AUGAGUAUUAUUCUGUUGGUUAUUACAGCACUGCUUUUUGGUGUUUUGAGUUACUACCUGUGGAUUUGGAUUUACUGGCGCCGUCGUGGGGUUCCUGGGCCUUUGGGCUACCCAGUAGUUGGAAGUUUUCUUAGCACUAUCGAGCACACAAAUCCACAAUAUCUUCAAAUUAGAGAAUGGACAAAACAAUAUGGAUCCGUCUAUGGAUACACAGAAGGGACCAUGAAAACACUGAUAGUUUCUGAAAUGGACUUGGUUCAUCAAUUAUUUGUCACACAGUAUGAUAAUUUUUAUGGAAGAAAGUUGAACCCAAUUCAAGGAGAUCCGGAGAAAGAUGACAGAGCAAACUUAUUCUCAGCACAGGGAUAUAGAUGGAAGAGAUUGCGAGCAAUCGCUAGUCCAACUUUCUCUAAUAAUAGUUUGAGAAAAAUUAACUUAACCGUGGAAGAUUGUGCGAUAGAAUUGCUGAGACACAUCGAAGAACAAACAACUGGAGGAGAACCAAUAAAUAUGUUACAAUUCUACCAAGAAUUUACUAUGGAUGUGAUUGGUCGUAUUGCGAUGGGACAAAUUGACUCACAAAUGUUCAGGAACCCACUGUUAAACUUCGUGAAAGCGAUCUUUGCUGAUAAUCGUAAACACAUACCUCUCAUAGGAGGUGUCUUCCCAGUUCUUGCUCAAAUCUUCCGCUACUUUAUGCUGAAAUUUCCAUUUCUAGGAGCUGCCAAUUUUAUUCAUGUUCAUAAAACUAUGGUAUCAGCAGUUCAUAACAGGAUUGCCCAGAGGGAAGAAGACAAAAAUAAUGGAAUUGAACCCGGAGAACCACAAGAUUUUAUCGAUUUGUUUUUGGAUGCCAGAGCUGAAGAUGUGGAACAUUUUGGGGAGAGUAAUGCGGAUUUUUCCAAAAGCAGUAGUUAUAACAAUCGCCAGCUUACUACUAUGGAAGUUGUUGGACAAUGCACUGUUUUCUUGAUUGCUGGAUUUGAUACCACUGCAUUAUCAUUGUCAUAUUCCACAUUUUUACUCGCCACUCAUCCGGAAAUUCAAAAGAAACUUCAAGAAGAAGUUGAUAUAGAGUGUCCGGAUUCAGUGAUCACUUUUGAUCAACUAUCAAAGUUGAAAUAUAUGGACUGCGUAAUCAAGGAGACAUUGAGACUGUAUCCGUUGGGAACACUGGCAAACUCUCGGAGAUGCAUGAGAGCCACGAAACUGGGUAAUGUGGAAGUGGAAGUUGGCACAAUGGUUCAGGUAGAUACAUGGAGUCUUCAUACGGAUACAAAAGUAUGGGGAGAUGAUGCGAAAGAGUUCAAGCCAGAAAGAUGGCUUCUCCCGGAGACUGAUAAAAUAUCCCAAAAAGGGGGAUACAUACCAUUUGGAUUAGGACCUCGUCAAUGUAUUGGAAUGCGGUUGGCCAAUAUGGAAGAAAAGAUUUUAUUGUCACAUAUUCUGAGAAAAUACACAUUUAAAACUGGAAAAAAGACUGAUAUUCCACUGAAACUACACGGAAGAGCCACGACUCAGCCGGAAAGUGUCUGGAUGCAUUUGGUGUCCAGAAAUUGA